GCGGGAGGCCCGACGCGUGUGGCGGGACGGCGCCCCGCGGGAGAGGAGGCGUUAGGAGCACCCGCCGCGCCCGGCGCCCUGCGGAGCGGGACUCCACCACCGACCAAUUUUAUAAUGGGCUGCAUUAAAAGUAAAGAGAAUAAAAGUCCAGCAAUUAAAUAUAGAACAGAAAACACUCCAGAACCUGUCAGUACAAGUGCAAGUCAUUAUGGGACAGAACCCACUCCAGCAACACCAUCAUCUUCAGCAAAGGGAACAUCUGUUAAUUUUAACAGUCUUUCCAUGACACCAUUUGGAGGAUCCUCAGGGGUGACACCUUUUGGAGGAGCAUCUUCCUCAUUCUCGGUGGUGCCAAGUUCAUAUCCUGCUGGUUUAACAGGUGGUGUUACUAUAUUUGUGGCCUUAUAUGAUUAUGAAGCUAGAACUACGGAAGACCUUUCAUUUAAGAAGGGUGAAAGAUUUCAAAUAAUUAACAAUACGGAAGGAGACUGGUGGGAAGCAAGAUCAAUUGCUACAGGAAAGAAUGGCUAUAUUCCUAGCAAUUAUGUAGCCCCUGCAGAUUCCAUUCAGGCAGAAGAAUGGUAUUUUGGCAAAAUGGGGAGAAAAGAUGCUGAAAGAUUACUUCUGAAUCCUGGGAAUCAACGAGGUAUUUUCUUAGUAAGAGAAAGUGAAACUACUAAAGGUGCUUAUUCCCUUUCUAUUCGUGAUUGGGAUGAAGUAAGGGGUGACAAUGUGAAACACUACAAAAUUAGGAAACUUGACAAUGGUGGAUACUAUAUCACAACUAGAGCACAAUUUGAAACUCUGCAGAAGUUGGUUAAACACUACACAGAACAUGCUGAUGGCUUAUGCCAUAAGUUAACAACUGUAUGUCCAACUGUGAAACCCCAGACUCAAGGUCUAGCAAAAGAUGCUUGGGAAAUCCCUCGAGAAUCUUUGCGACUAGAAGUUAAACUAGGACAAGGAUGUUUUGGUGAAGUAUGGAUGGGAACAUGGAAUGGAACCACAAAAGUAGCAAUCAAAACACUAAAACCAGGUACAAUGAUGCCAGAAGCUUUUCUUCAAGAAGCUCAGAUAAUGAAAAAAUUAAGACAUGAUAAACUUGUUCCACUAUAUGCUGUUGUUUCUGAAGAGCCAAUUUAUAUUGUCACUGAAUUUAUGUCAAAAGGGAGCUUAUUAGAUUUUCUGAAGGAAGGAGAUGGAAAAUAUUUGAAGCUCCCACAAUUGGUUGAUAUGGCUGCUCAGAUUGCUGAUGGUAUGGCAUAUAUUGAAAGAAUGAACUAUAUUCACCGAGAUCUUCGGGCUGCUAAUAUUCUUGUAGGAGAAAAUCUUGUGUGCAAAAUAGCAGAUUUUGGUUUAGCAAGGUUAAUCGAAGACAAUGAAUAUACAGCAAGACAAGGUGCAAAAUUUCCAAUCAAAUGGACAGCUCCUGAGGCUGCACUAUAUGGUCGAUUUACAAUAAAGUCUGAUGUGUGGUCAUUUGGAAUUCUACAGACAGAACUGGUAACAAAGGGCAGAGUGCCAUAUCCAGGUAUGGUAAACCGUGAAGUGCUGGAACAGGUGGAACGAGGAUAUAGGAUGCCUUGCCCUCAGGGCUGUCCAGAAUCUCUACAUGAUUUAAUGAAUCUUUGUUGGAAGAAGGACCCUGAUGAAAGGCCAACAUUUGAAUAUAUCCAAUCCUUCUUGGAGGACUACUUCACUGCUACCGAGCCACAGUACCAGCCAGGAGAAAAUUUAUAAUCCAAGUAGCCUAUUUUAUAUGCACAAACCUGCCAGAAUGUAAAAAACUUACAUAGACUCCUCAUAUACAGGAAUCAAAAGAAGAAAAUCUUCUUCACUCCGCAUGUUUUUAAUGGUAAACUGGAAUUCCAGCUAUGGUUACGCAAAACCACCUCUUUGUGUUCCAAAUGUUAAACUCUAAAGUACCAGUGAUGAAUUUUUCAACUUAAUUCAGGGUCCAAAGAAAGUAUAGCUAAGAUAUUGAUGACAGUGUGAGUGAUAGCACGGCAAUGAAAAGCAACAAGGCUACUGUUCAUAAGUCACUUCCUUUCUUAUUCCCCAAAUUCAGAAUUUUUAAGAGAAAAUUAUUUAUCAUUAUAGAUAAAACUUGGGAGAUAUGAACAGUUAUGCCAUAAGUUCUAAAAAUCAAGGAACUUCAUGGGACCAAAUGAUUCCAUUCCAUUUUUUAAAUUUGCUCACAUUCAUUAUUCUCAAACGUUUUUUCUAUAAGUUGAAGUUAAUAUGCAGUUUUAAUAUAUGCCUUCCUUGCAUGGAAAUGAGCAAGGUUUUUUAGAAGCAAAAGGGAAUAUAAGCAACAUCUAACUUGGUUAAGUGUUAGACGACAGCAGUGGGAUUUGAAAGUAUAGUGCACCUGUUAAAAUUCAAAUUUGUGGAAAGUAGAACUUUUUCACUUUAAACCAUUUUCUGAAAAGCUCAGUUUGAAAUAAUGAAGGGAACUACAAAGUAAGUUAAUCUUUUAUAUAAGUUUGCAUUAAUUUUUUAAUGGUAAUAUUUAAUUGAAAUUGUACUAUCCAAUCCAAGAUAUCCAAUCUUUAGAAUAGCUGAAAAAGUAAAUCCCAGAAUUUAAAUAGGUAUUAUGAGAUAUUACUAAAUAUGUACUUAACGGUGUGAUGGGUGCCACAAAUGUAAAAAUAUCACUAGAUCAGGGAUUUGAUGCACUUUUGCCCUUAUUGCAUAUAGACUAGCAGAGAAGAAUUGUAUUUAAAAGAAAUAUGAGAAAAGAAAAAUGUGAAAGUUUUACAGAUAGAGGGAUGGAAUGUUAGGUUUAAUGUUGAUUUAUGGAAUGACAAAAUGGCUUUGCUGGCACUCAAAGCUUCUCAUCUGUUUUUUGAGAUAUUAAAAGAGUUGUAAGAUAAUGACUGUAAGACUAAUCUAACCAUAAACUCU